AUGAUUAAAUUCCUCGGCAAAUUUCAAAAAGUUCAAAACUUUAUCCACAGUACGGUUAUAGUGAGUAGUCAAUUGAGAGGUAUCAGCACAAAUGCCACUAUUGUUAAGUCAGCAGUGUUCAAUCUCCAGGAAGCUUCCAAAGAUCAAGUUCAGGAGUUCGUAAAGUCAUUCGAUACAGUUGUGACGGAUUGUGAUGGUGUUCUAUGGCUUAGUAACAAUGCCAUAUCGGGAUCAGCAGACACAAUAAAUUACUUCCGGAAAAUCGGAAAAAAGAUAUAUUAUGUGACAAAUAAUUCAACACUAAAGCGGAGUGAGUUAGCAGCGACAGCGACUAAACUAGGUUUUAUUGCAUGCCCGGAAGAGAUAUUGUCAGCUGCUUAUUUAGCAGGUCAUUACUUUAAAGAUAUAGGGUUCACCAAAAAGGUAUAUUUACUGGGAUCAGACGGGCUUGGAGAGGAACUGGAAUCUGUAGGUGUUAGACAUAUUGGUGUGGGGCCAGAUCAUGUGAAACCAAAUGUUAAAUCAACGAAGCCUUCAGAACUGGAUCCUGAGGUUGGUGCGGUGGUGGUAGGCUUCGAUGCUCAUGUCAGUUACCCAAAAUUGUUGAAGGCUGCCUCUUACCUCGCAUCUGAACAAUGUUUGUUCGUAGCAACAAAUAUGGAGGAGAGGUUUCGGAAACCUGACUCGAUUGUUAUUCCUGGUACCGGCACAUUGGUGAGGGCAGUUGAGACAUGCUCAGCAAGAAAGGCUGUUGUUGUUGGGAAGCCCUUUAAAUAUGUUCGGAAGUACCUUGCAUCUAUCGGUUUGAAUUCAGCGAGGACUUUGAUGAUUGGGGACAGGUGUAGCACUGAUAUAGAGCUGGGUGUCCGGUGCGGCUUCCAAACAAUGCUGGUUCUCUCAGGCGCCACCUCACCCAAAGAACUGGAGACACUUCGCAACUCAAAAACUCCGCCAUUACCAGACGUUGUUUUACCGAAACUGGGAGAUUUACUUUCCCUUGUAUGUUAA